ACCUCAAGUAACAAAAAUUACUCCGACCAUGACUUCCUUAUUCUCCCAAAUAUGCUUCAAGUUCCUCCUCCUCGUCUUCCUCCUUAGCCAUGGGAACUCCCAGCCACAGCAGGAUAAUGGAGAACAAGCAGUCCUACUGAAACUGAAGCAACACUUGCAGAAUCCACCGUCUCUCUCCCACUGGACUUCAUCGUCCAAUGCUACCCUUCAUUGCAGCUGGCCUGAAAUCACCUGCACCGAUAACUUAGUCACAGCGCUAUUACUCAGUGAGAGAGACAUCAAAGUAACAAUCCCUCCAUUUAUUUGUGACCUCAAUAACUUGACCCAUCUUGAGCUUCAGUUCAACUACAUUCCGGGUGAGUUUCCAACGGCUCUCUACAACUGUCCCAAGCUUCAGUACCUUGACCUCUCUGAGAACUACUUUGUCGGGCCGAUUCCGGAUGAUAUAGAUCGCCUGAGUCAGCUCCAGUACCUGAGUUUGGGUGCUAACAACUUUUCUGGUGACAUACCGGUGGCUAUUGGGCGGCUAUUGGGGCUCAGGACUCUUCUGCUCCACCAGAAUCAGUUCAAUGGUUCCUACCCGGCCGAAAUUGGUGACUUGUCUGAACUUGAAUAUCUAGCAAUGGCAACUAACAUGAAGUUUCUGCCAUCCAGGUUGCCCCAGAGCUUCACACAGUUGAAGAAACUGCAGGUUUUAUGGAUGUCCGAUUCAAAUUUGAUCGGAGAAAUCCCGGAUAUGAUCGGAGACAUGGCAGCUCUUGAGCUUCUGGAUUUAUCAAGCAACAGAUUAACGGGGAAAAUCCCGGAUGGUUUGCUCAUGUUAAAGAAUUUGAGUGUAUUGUAUCUUUACAAGAACAAGUUUUCCGGAGAGAUUCCCCAGGUAAUUGAAGCAUCCAAUCUGAUUGCGCUUGAUCUUUCGAUGAACGAUUUGACCGGAAAAAUACCAGAUGAUAUUGGGAAACUACAGAAGUUGGCAAAUCUGAGUCUGUUCUUCAAUCAAUUGUCCGGUGAAAUUCCUCAGAGCCUCGGACAGAUGCCAACAUUAAAAGAUGUCAGGUUGUUUAGCAACAACCUGAACGGUGUCCUGCCUCCAGAUUUCGGUCGGUAUUCCAGACUUGAAGGGUUUCAGGUUGCGUCUAACAGGCUUACAGGGAGGCUGCCUGAGCACUUGUGCUCCGGUGGAAAGCUGGAAGGAGUUGUUGCUUUUGAUAAUAAUCUCACCGGAGAGGUACCGGAAUCGCUUGGAAACUGCAGUAGCUUGAAAGUAGUCAUGAUUCAGAACAAUGGGUUUUCAGGUAACAUUCCCAACGGGCUAUGGACAUCUGUGAAUUUGUUGACCAUGAUGAUAAGUGAUAACCUGUUUUCCGGCGAGCUUCCUGGUAAAGUGUCCCAGAAACUUACUCGGCUUCAUUUGAGCAAUAACAGAUUCUCCGGUGCGAUUCCGGCAGGCGUGAGCUCGUGGCAGAAUCUGGUGGUUUUCAAUGCCAGUAACAAUCUCCUAAACGGUACAAUUCCGAGAGAAUUAACAGCUCUUUCUUCUCUUAAUACUCUUUUGCUUGAUCAAAACCAACUUCAGGGUUCCCUUCCAUCAGAUAUAGUCUCAUGGAAAUCCCUGGUUACUCUCAACCUUAGCCGGAAUCAACUCUCCGGACAAAUUCCGGGAAGCAUGGGUUUUCUGGAACAUCUUCUUUAUUUGGAUUUAUCGGUAAAUCAAUUUUCUGGUCAAAUCCCUUGGCAGAUUGCCCGCCUUAGGCUGAAUUUCCUCAACCUCUCUUCAAAUUACCUCACAGGAAAAAUCCCAAGUCAGUUUGAAAAUGCUGCCUUUUCCGAUAGCUUCCUGAACAACUCCGGUCUUUGCACAAGUACCCCAGCAGUGGUAGACGUCAACCCCCGCAGUUCAUCGCCGAACUUUAGCAGAAAUUUUCGUACAUAUCGAGCUCUGGUGUUGAGUAUUGUGAUGGUAAUCACAGUACUGUCUUUAUUUUCUUCAUUCUUAUUGAUCAGGUUUUACUGGAAGAGAAAUCAGGAAUCGAAUAUAACGUGGAAGCUUACCCCUUUCCAGAGAUUGAAUUUCACAGAAUCAGAAAUCCUGUUAGGAUUGACUGACCACAAUGUGAUCGGAAGUGGAGGAUCAGGGGAAGUUUACCGCGUUUCUGUGACUCAUUCCCAAUAUGUUGCUGUGAAAAGGAUAUGGAAUGACAGCAAAUUGGACAGGAAACUUGAGAAGGAAUUCUUGGCGGAAGUCAAUAUUCUGGGGGCAAUUCAACACAGGAACAUUGUGAAACUAUUAUGUUGCAUUUCAGGGGAGAACUCGAAGCUUCUAGUUUACGAGUACCUGGAGAAUCAUAGUCUGGACCGGUGGCUGCAUAAGAGGAAAUCACCAUCAGCAAUCCUGGAUUGGCAAAAGAGGUUAAAGAUUGCGGUUGGCGCCGCUCAGGGGCUCUGCUACAUGCACCAUUACUGCUCUCCGCCAAUUGUACAUAGAGAUGUGAAAUCGAGCAACAUUCUAUUGGAUUCUGAGUUCAAUGCCAAGAUUGCCGACUUUGGUCUUGCUAGGAUGUUAAUCAGACAGGAAGAACUCGCAACAGUGUCGGUUGUUGCUGGAUCUUUUGGCUACAUAGCACCAGAGUAUGCUCAGAAAAAAAGAGUAAACGAGAAAAUCGAUGUUUACAGCUUUGGAGUCAUCCUGCUAGAACUAACGACAGGAAAAAAGGCUAACCAUGGAGAUGAGCACUCAUCGUUGGCACAAUGGGCACAGCGGUACUUUCAAGAAGGAAAACCGGUCGUUGAUGCGUUGGACGAGGAUAUAAAGGAACCUUGUUACCUGGAUGAAAUAUGCGUUGUGUUCAGACUUGGGAUCAUCUGUACGAGUAUAAUGCCUUCAGCUAGACCUUCCAUGAAGGAGGUUCUGGAAAUCUUGCUCUGUCGUGGCCAUCCUACUAGUUAUCUGGACAAGAAGUCUGGGAGUGAGUUCGAUGCUGCUCCUCUGCUCGAUAUUUGAAGCAUAGUGGAAUCUCCAUCAGCAGUCCUGGAUUGGCAAAAGAGGUUGAAGAUUGCAGUUGGCGUUGCUCAGGUGCUCUGCUACAUGCACCAUUACUGCUCUCCGCCAACUGUACAUAGAGAUGUGAAAUCAAGCAACAUCCUGUUGGACUCUGAGUUCAAUGCUAAAAUAGCCGAUUUUGGUCUUGCUAGGAUGUUAAUCAGACAGGAAGAAUAUUACGGAAGUGUGAUUGGAUUCAUCUCAUAUAUUCUCAUUAUUACUGUAAAUAUAGUUUCCAUAUAUAUACUUUCCUUUUGUAUAGUGACCGCUUGUAUAUAUGUUCAUCAAUGGAAUGAAAGAUCAUCGCAUCA